AUGGGGGGCUUCGUCGAGAGAACCGCGAAGGAGAAGGAGUACGUCCCCGCUGCCGCGGACGCGCUCGUCGCGAUGGUCUCCGGCUGCGCCGCCGCGGUCGCGGUGGCGCCGUUCCUGAUGUGCGUCGACCGAGGCGUCGUCGCCGCGGCCGCGGGGACCGCCCCCGGGGGCUCGCUCUUCCGCGCCAUCGCGUCCGUCGCCGGGGAGUUCGUCACGAAGCCGAAGAUCGCGUUCACGUCCCCGGCGCUGUGGAUGGUCGCCGGCGUGUACGGCGGGACGUACUUCGCGAAGAACGUCAGCGACGUCGUCAUCGAGCGCACCGGCGUCGGCGGCUCCCCGAUCGCGCAGGCUGGCAAAUUCGCGGUCGUCACGUCCACGAACAUGGGCGGGUCCAUCCUCAAGGACGCCGCGUUCGCGAAGCUCUUCGGCGCGGGCGCCGCCGCGACCGGCGCGCCGCCCGUCGUCCCCCUCGCGUCCUACGCGCUCUUCGCUCUCAGAGAUUGCCUCACCAUCGGCGGCGCGUUCUUCGUUCCGGACGUCAUGCGCGACGCGCUCGUCGCGAGCGGGAACGUGCGCGACGCCGCCGCCGGCGCCGCCGCGCAGCUCGCGUCCCCGCCGCUGAUGCAGGUGGUCUGCACGCCGAUGCAUCUGCUCGCGCUGAACUUCGUGAACGCGCCGGGGGCGACCGCGGCGGCGAGGAUGGCGGUGAUGAAGAAGUCCACGCCCGCGGCGUUGCUCGCGCGGUCGCUGCGGAUGCUACCCGCGUACGGCGUCGGCGGCAUCUUGAACACGUCGUUGACGUUACAGGGGAGGAGGGCGGUCGCGGAGCACUUUCUGAAGAGACGGGACGGGUGGGCGAGCGAGAAGGUGAAGCGCGCGUGGGGCGCGCGAUUGGGCGCGUCCGUAUUGGGCGCGAAGGGGACGAAGGGGAGCGGCGGCGGCGACGACGCGAAGGCGAAGCGGCGGGGCGCUCGAUUCGCGUUGUUGUCGCGCGCGCACGUCGAGGCGCGGACGCGAAGCGCGCCGCCGCCGGCUGAGGCUGCCGCGACGACGACGACGACGACGCUGGGACGGUUCCGCAAGGUGACCGGCGGCGGCGCGAAGGUUAAGGGAGGGGACGGGCGGGCGCGGCGGCGAUUCGCGAUCGGCAGGUUCGGGACGGCGCGCGGCGGCGACAAAGCGGCGACGGCGGCGGCGGCGUGA